UGGUUCUUGGAAUUGUAGAAACCUGGCGCUAAAGUUCUUUACAUUGGGGCUGCCUCUGGAACCUCUGUCUCUCAUGUUUCUGAUAUUGUUGGACCUGAGGGAUGUGUUUAUGCCGUUGAGUUUUCUCCAAGAAGUGGAAGAGACUUGGUGCACAUGGCACAGAAGAGACGUAAUGUGGUUCCAAUCAUUGAAGAUGCUAGACAUCCUGCUAAAUACAGAAUGCUUGUGAGCAUGGUUGAUGUCAUAUUUGCUGAUGUUGCUCAACCAGAUCAGGCUCGGAUAGUAGGUCUCAAUGCAUCUUUCUUUCUCAAAGCUGGAGGUCACUAUAUGAUCUCAAUAAAGGCGAAUUGUAUAGACGCAACAAUGCCAGCAGAAAUAGUAUUUUCAAACGAAGUGAAGAAGCUGCAAGCGGACGAGUUGAAACCAGCAGAGCAACUAACUCUAGAGCCUUUUGAGCGUGACCAUGCUUGUGUUGUUGGUGGAUAUCGCAUGCCUAAAAAGCAGAAAGCUGUUACUGCUGCUUAAUUAGCCAAUCAAUCUCGUUACUUAUAGUUUUUAAUUUACAUCUGAUUUCGAGAAGUUUUGCAAGAAACUUAAAUUUGCAUUUUUUUUAAAUAAAUGUUAAAUUAUAUUCAUCAAAAAACUUUAGAAUACAUCAAG